UUGGGUUGUUGCCCAGAAGGAGGCCAUUCUCGUAAAUAGCAGUGGCAUUUAUUGUCCAAAAUAAGGCCUGUAUGAGCAGGGCUUUCAGAAAAGGAACAAAAAGCACACUAUCUUCCAGUUUCACAGUAGAAGCUCAUGUGCCUUCCUACAUGGAAGCUGACCUAUCCAAAACGCAUGCAUCAGGACCUGACAACACUUACUGCUGUCUAAGCCCCAUCAAGUGCCCAGGGCUCAUUUGCUUGGUUAAAAAAAAACUCAAGUGAAAAUGAUCAUUUUGUGCAUUGUCAGUAAACUGCCUAUAACAAAUAUACUCUUUCUGUGUGUAAUGCAGAAAAUUUUUGUUUGAUUAUUUGUAUAUUCAUAUUCCCCAUCCUAGAUACAUUAUAGUAGAUGGUUCUUUGAACUGAAAGCAUCUAUAUGAUUAAAAUAUAAUUAGGCUUUUAUUGACACUCUCAUAAUAUUGAGUUUAUACAGACUUACUGAGUUUGUUCAGUCACAUUUUCCAUUUGUAUUCAUUAGCAUUUGAUUUAUUUGGCAGUAGAAAAGUUUUUGCAGAGCAUAGAAGAACAAAUCAAUAAGAUAUGGUCACUUAUAUUUGUUCACUUAACUUUCAAAGGUGAUUGAUUAUUUCACUGAUUGCUGUAAUAUCAACAAUCACUGAACUGAAUAUUAUGGCAUAAAAUCUUGCACCGGUAUCCUUUAUUUACUAAGUUGCUGCCUUUAAUUACACAUUACACAUUUAUAGUGCACAUUCCUCAUUUGCUCUAAUUCUUUUGGUGUUAUUUCUUCAUAACCUUUGUCUCUUUAUUUUCUGUCACAAUCUAUCUUUCAAUAACACUAGGUAGCAUUUGACAGCCAGGUCAGGCCAAUCCCCACGAAUCAGUUCUCCUGGGAUGCCAAACUGCAUCAGAGGGUGGUCCUUUAGCAUGGGUGGUGGGGUGCCCUAGAAGACAGGAAGACAGAGCAAGCCCCUGCUGAGAGCUGGGAAACACAGAUUUGUAUAUUGACUUGUUACUGCCAGGAUAUCUUUCCUGGAUGUGUUUUUCCAUGACCACAUAUCUUUAUUGCUUUUGUUUGUUUCUGUAAUUAUUUACUCAAAUCAUCAUGAAUGAAUUCAGUUCUUGAAAAAAAUGUGUUAAAUAAUUUGUCUUGUAAUUUGAUUUGUAACUUCAACUAACGUCUAUAUUACACAAAUAAAUUAUCUUAAAGCAGUAAUAAUUAUUAACUAGGUAAGAUCAGUUUCCUGUGAUGCCUUCAUGGGCAGAAAAUGCCAUGAGAUUGUCUAGUAGGGGAUGUUGUUUUUGGUCUUUCUCACAGAGUAUACAUUCCAUUCUGGCCUCCCAUCACAUGAUACCUUUACUGGUCUUCAUAAGAGUUCACAAUGUCUUUGCAGAAUACAGCAUCUGCCAUCCAUCCGUGUUCCAGAUAGAAAUUAAUUACAGAGUAUAACUUUUUGAUAUAUGCUGAUAUUUAUAUUGAUAUUUGUCACCUAUCUGUACAAAACAUGUUUAAUGACGCCUUAGUUGAAGAUCCUCUGUAUUAGUGGUUAAAUCUUAGUGGAUGUUUGUCCACUCAGUGGAUAAGCAGUUGAAACAUUAGUGAAUGUUUUACAUAUGAAAUUUCUCAGAUGACAUGGCCAGGCAAUUCUGAGUUUGCUCCAAGCAGACCUUGGGUUCACAAAUUAUAUUAUCAUGACUUAAUGUCCUGACAGUUCUGCUAAAGGCACAAUUCCUUUUAGGCUACAGUGUGGUUGGACUAAGGAGUGACACUCCAAAUUUGGGUUUUUAUAAAUCAACUUUAGUGACACAUCUGUACGCAGGAUAAUCUCCUGGUCAUAACAGAGAGGUCAGACCUCAUGUGCUGUUCUGGCUUUUGUUAAUCCUUUGGCCUCUUUUAAACUCCUAUAUUAGUGAACUUUUCCCAUUCUGUUACAUUUGAUGAGUAACACCUGAUGAGUUUAAACAAUAACAAUAACUUUGGAAAUCCUAAUUUUUAUUUUUUUUAAUUUUCAGAUUAUCGUGCAUACACUAUAUGUAAACUCUGUAUUUAAGUCAAGUUAUACUGCUUCUUUGCAUGUUUCUUUUAGUGCUUGUUACAGUUCCUUUAAAAUGUGUUCUCUCUUUCAGAUUACUGAUCCUCCAAACAGGACAUUGCUUUGCUAUGCCUCUAGAUUUUAUACACAGCCCAGUGAUGGAUUAAGAACAGAAACCAUGGGUGUUGCAUUCCCAACACUCAAAAGGCAGAGGAUGAAAGUUAUGGGACUGGUGCUACUGCUGCUGGCAGGUUGUUCUGAGGCUUCGCGCUUCCCCCGAGACUCCACCCAAGCUGUCCAUGCAGAUGCUCCCAGCCUGGAGGUGCAAGCCACGAUGUGGAACACCAGCAUUGACCAGCCUGUGCGGAGGGACCAGUCCGCUCUCCCACAAAUGUGCCAUAAACCCACUGAGAUCAAGCAUGCCUUCAAGUACACCAACACAGUCAUAUCCUGCUUGAUCUUUGUGGUGGGCAUCAUCGGGAACUCAACCCUACUACGCAUCAUCUACAAAAAUAAGUGCAUGAGGAAUGGGCCAAACGUUCUCAUUGGCAGCUUGGCUCUGGGAGACCUGCUCUACAUCCUUUUUACCAUCCCUAUUAAUGUAUUUCGGUUGCUAGCAGAAGACUGGCCGUUUGGGGCAUAUAUCUGUAAGCUUAUGCCAUUCAUCCAAAAAGCUUCAGUGGGCAUUACAGUUCUCAGCUUAUGUGCCCUCAGUAUCGACAGAUAUCAUGCUGUGACCUCAUGGAGCCGGGUGAAGGGGAUGGGGAUCCCACUGUGGAAGGCUGUGGAAGUAAUACUAAUUUGGCUUGUGGCCAUAGUACUAGCAGUGCCCGAGGCUCUGGCCUUUGAUGUGAUGGAGAUGAACUACAGAGGGAGGAAGUUGCGUGUGUGCUUCCUUCACCCUCAACAGAACACAGUGUUUUUGCAGUUUUACCAGGAGGUUAAGGAUUGGUGGCUGUUUGGGUUUUAUUUUUGCCUACCACUGGCCUGCACUGGCAUCUUCUACACCCUCAUGUCAUGCGAGAUGUUGAAAAGAAAGAAAGGAAUGCGCAUUGCCCUCAACGAUCACAUGAAACAGAGACGGGAAGUGGCUAAAACUGUCUUCUGCCUCGUGGUGAUUUUUGCUCUCUGCUGGCUCCCUCUGCACCUCAGCCGCAUUUUGAAAAAGACCAUCUACAAUCCAAAGGACCUCAACCGCUGUGAGCUCCUCAGUUUCCUGCUGGUGAUUGAUUACAUUGGUAUCAAUAUGGCCUCCCUCAACUCCUGCAUCAAUCCUGUGGCACUCUACUUCGUUAGCCAGAAGUUCAAAAAUUGUUUCAAGUCUUGUCUGUGCUGCUGGUGCGAGAGCGAUAUUGUUCCGAGCGAUGAGCGGGGUUCUGGAAUUCGCUGGAAGGGCUCAUGCCAUGGUAAUGGAUUGGAUCGGUCCAGCUCACGUUCCAGUCAGAAGUACAGUUCUUCAUAAAACUGCCCACUCCAUCCAUGCUGCCAUAAGGUCAUGGAGUGAGCUGCACCCAGCCUCGUUCGACCCACCCCAGACAGACCAAGUGACAUUCAGAAACUAUGACCCUCACUAUAUUAGGGUACAAGUGCAAGCUAGAAUUCCCACUGAUUCUUGUCAGUUCCAAGGAAUCGACUUCAAAACUAUAGGGCAUGGACCUAGGAUUUAGAGAAGUCAAUAAGUCACAGCUAAACAAGGAGCUCUCCUACAGCAGGAGCAUGCAAAGUGUCAAUUCAAUCCAUAGAUGAAAUCACACAAACUGGCUGAGACUUAUAGAGUUAGCAGAGUCACCUCAGGCCCAUGCUAACGAUGCCAUCUUGAUACUGGAAGUCUGAACAUGGAGUCACUGUUGAAAGGCCUGGCAGCAACACACUGAGUCACUGGUCCUGUCAUUAGACAAACCAUGCAGACUGUAGAACAAAUGAGGUCUUGCUGUUGCAACAGUAUAAAAGUUUAAGUCUCUGUGUAUUGAGACUCUUAUCUGUACCUGUGAACUGAACUAGCACCACCAAUAAGUGCUGUCACAUACAUCAAAUGGAAAGUACUACACAUCUACAUGUAGAUGAGCAAAGGCACCGAGCUCCAACAAACCAAGCUGUGUUGAGAAAUCUUGCAACAGCAGCAAACUAAAUUUUAUCAGCGGUUCACUGCAAAUACAAGCAUUGUUCAUUUGCUUCAUUCUUUAUCCAUAUUGGCUGGUUUACUGCUAUAGGAGAUCCAUGUGUGCAAGCUUCCCAUAACAGUAUUCAGCAUGAACAUGGGUUAUCUGUGUCUUUCAGCCAAAUCAUGGAACAGCAAUGAGAUCUCAGUAUACAGUCCAAUAAUAGUAUUGGAUCUGCCUAAAAUUUCUGAAGACAUGAACACCUGAAAAUAGGUUAGUCAUCAUCACAUUAGUAAUUGUAGUUAAAGUCUUUAAUGACUGACACAUUCAGAACUAGCUUUUCAGUGAAUUAUGAUUUUUAUUAGUUAUUCCUAACAAUAAAUUGACCCGUCACAUCAUAUCUUGUGGCAAUUUUUAAAAGCACCAGGAAAAUAUAUACUUAAUAUUUGGUCCCCAUUAUGUUUAAGACCAAAACACAUUUUUAAAUACUUCAAAAUGUCCCAUCACACAAUUAAGAUGAAUUCACACUGGACAUUUGUAUGGGGGCUUGACUUGAUCCCUGAAUAUUACAAUUGUAAAUCUCUGGUUUUUAAUUUUAUACUAAAAUAGUUCCCGCCCCAUACGUUGCUUUGCUAUCUGUUACAGAUGUACUGAGAAAAUCCAUACAAAAAAAAAAAAAAAAAAAAAAAAAAAAGAGAACGUGUAUUUACUUGUUUUCAUUUGUCAAACUUCAAAACCCUGCUGAGGCAACAAUGGGUCAUUUCGGCUCUUUCAUUUCAAACUCCGAGAGUAAAUAAGGAUUCAAAAUGCUUUUCAUAACUCAAAUUUCAGAAAAGGCAAAUAUGACUUUUUUCCAGUUAAAAGUUUUGUAGCAUUUAUUAAAUCCAGGAACAUGUUAAAAUGUAGCUUAGAAAAUAUAAUUUUUAAAAGUUUUUCCUCAGUACUGGGCUACUUAUUACUUUGUUCCAGAAUAUUACAGUUAUGCCCUUAUUUGUAAUCUGUGGUAUGUUUUCAGAUUCUUGAUUAACUGCAUUUUCCAUUUUGUUUCACAUCCAUACACACUUGAAUGUGUGAGAGAGCAAGUGAUAGAAAUAUACAUCACUCUUUCUUAGUAGAUUUUUUUUUUUUUUGUCAUAUUCCACAAUAAACUGAUUUUAUUUCUA